AUGGACUAUAAAAAUGAUUUUAUUGCAAGCCCUGACCCACUUCUAAAUGGCAGGCAUAACUCCUCAGUGUAUACAGAUUUGCUAUCUGCAAGCAAUGCUUCAAAAGAGCACAAAUGCAAGCAACAACCGCUACCGCAACAACAGCAACAACAGCCAGUGGGCCUUAUAAAUGCUAAUUUUAAUCCUUACCAUCAAAAUACUUUAAACGACCGCUCCGUGCAAGAAAAUUUGGGCCCAAUGUUUCAACCCUUUGGUAUAGAUGUCACUCAUAUGCCCAUCACCAACCCUCCGAUUUUCCAGAGCUCUUUGCCUGCGUUUGAUCAACCUGUGCAUAAAAGACGUAUAUCAAUCUCCAAUGGACAAAUCAGUCAAUUGGGCGAAGACUUGGAAGCCGUCGAAAACCUUUACAGCAUUGAGCCUCCUUUCCUAUCGUCAAAGACGGAACACAAUCCUGAGCCGCAACUAGUCGCAAAUCCAAGUACAGCCACGUAUCCAAGUUUCGGCUCUAGCGAACUGCCGAACUUGGCACAACCACAAGCUACCGCUGUACCCGAGGUUGUUCCUCAGGCAAGUGGCCAAAAUAUUUUUCCUCCCCCAACACCAUUCGAUAGUAACAGCAGUCUUCAUUUAUCCGCAGCAACUGCCGCUGCUGCUGCUGCCGCUGCCACUGCUGCCUCUCCUGUUCCACGCAAUAACGCCGCUAUUAACCAAGCAUACAUUAAUAUGCAACUCCGAUUACAAGCGCAACUGCAAAGCCAAGUUUGGAAGAGUGCGCAGGUAAGCGUAAAUCCAUCCACCCCGGCGUCUUCUUCUUCCGUCUCUUCUUCUACUUCAUCAACUUCUUCUUCUUGCCAAAAUAGUCAUGAUCAAAAUAACGAACCCCUACCUAUCUAUUCUUCAAUACCUCACAACGGUAAUAACAAUACAGCCUGUAAUAACGCAAUAAAAAACGACGGUACAAGCGGUACAGCUGAUAUUAACUCAACAAACGUUUACUUAAAACAGGAAUAUAACGAAAGAAUUCCUGCGGUCGGUGAUAACACAAAUAACAAGUUAGCCAUACCAAACCAAUCUGUUUCAUCACCGGCCUUAGCGUCUGUGACUACUGCUAGCUCUCAGUUUGUACAUGAGCCUUUUCUGCGGAAAAGUGGCACCAGUUCUGGUGACGUUGAAACUACUGCCAAAGCAUGGAAACGCGCAAGACUACUAGAACGAAAUAGAAUUGCUGCGUCCAAAUGCAGGCAAAGGAAGAAAAUGUCUCAAUUACAAUUACAGAAGGAAUUUGAUCAAAUAAGCAAAGAUAAUAGCAUAAUGAAGAAAAAAUUAGAAGGCUACGAAAAAUUGGUUCAAAAAAUGAAAAAAGUCUUUAAAGUGCACUCACAAGAAUGUGCGCUACCCAUUAAUACCAAAGGUAAUCCAGAGGCUAGAAACGCACAUUAUCACACUAGCGAUGGUUGUGUGUCUUUGAAGAUGAUUGAAGAAUUGAUUGGAAGCUCGGGUCUGGAUGGCUGA